AUGAGUAGAGAUCUAAAUCCAAAGGAGACAGAGACUCCUUUACUUUCAAGAACAGACAUUACCACUAUUAAUAAUACUACGGCUAACGAUAAUAUCAACAUUGAUAAUGUAGAAAGUUCCAAUACACAGUCGUCAGUAUAUAAAUUACCACAUAAUUCAUCUGAACAAGCACUUGAAACUUCAGAGUCAAAUACGACUAAUCCAGAUCCACACAAAAAUUUCAUAGAAAUUGAUAAGAAACAAGAUCAUCCUCAUCAACAUAAAGAAUUUCAUGAUGUUAAUUUCAAUUUGAAAAAUCAUGAUGCUCCAUUAAAUGAUUUUGAUCAAGUGGAUUCAUUGGGUAUAUUACAUGAUAUAUCUAAUUCAUUUGAUACCAAUCCAGAUAAUUUGAUAAAUUCCACUACUCAAACAAGUUGUUCCCAAGAACAACGUGGUAGAAGUACUAUUCAAGCUCAUCCUCACCAUACCACAAUUCAUUCAAGUAUUGAUCAAUCGUUAAAUAGUCAUGAAAAUUCAGCGUUAUUCGACCAUAGACCUUCUGCAAUGAAAACUUCACCCAUCAUCAGUUCCGGACGUAGAUCUAGAAGCAUGUCUACAAACACUAAAAAUACUAUUAACCCUAAUACUACUAUUAAUGAUAUUACUUUGGGGAAUGAAAGAAUGGAUAUUUCGAAGAAAAAUGGGAAAAGUAAUAAUUUCUUAUUUAGAAGACAAAGUGCUAGUAAUCCAUUAAAAGUAAAACAUCAUGCUACUUUCAAUUUCAUCCCUACAACUGCCACUACAAAUAUUAAUCCAUCUACUUUUAAUAAUCAAAUCAAGAGAAGACAAACAUUUGCAGGGAAAGAAGAUGUUGUCAUUGAUGUGGAUGCGUUGAUGCAAAGUGUUGCUGGUGGUGAUUCUAAAAAUAAAUGUAAAUUAAAACAUACAAAUAAUAGUAGCAAUUCAAUUUUAAACCCUAAUGCCACAACUGCUGUACACGAUAAGAAUAGCUUAAAGAAUAAUAGCUCAGAUUCUCAUUCCAAUACAUCACAGAUUACUACAGAAGAAGAUUAUAAUUCCCAACCUUCUUCAAGAGGUUCAUCCCAAAACUCUUCAUUAGAUGAUGUUUGUUUAUUUUUAGAAGAUGGGAGUAGUAUUGGUGUUAAGAUUUGGCCUGAUUGUCAAAUCCUGGAAGAGUUUUCUAAAGAGGAGACUGAUAAAUUAAGAAAACAAGCUGCUUUAGAAGCUGAAGAAUUCCAUUUCCAAUUUGAUAGUUUUGAUGAUGUGGAGAAUGAAACGAUGAAUGAGAUGGAUAUAUUGAUGGAAAACACUAAUAAGAAUACCAUUGCCAAUUCUAAUUUAAAUGAAUCGAAUAAUGAAUUAGUUGGUAGUAGUAGUCGUAGUAGAAAUGAUAGUAGAGGGGGUGGACCAGGGGGCAUGGGGUACAAUCAAAUGAAUGAAGAAGGUAUAAUGUUUUCCCACCCUAUAGUUUCCAACAUCGAGGUUCCUGAAUUGGGUAAUCAACGUGUUAACGAAACUGAGAUGCUGACACCAGGUAGAAUUAGACCCAAGAAACUUUCACCUUGGCAUUUGAAAAGAUUAUCUACAUAUGGUAGUAUUAGUGAUCCCGAUAGAUUAAGAAGUUUGAAAUAUAUGGAAAAGGAGACGAAAUUAAAUAAAAAUUUUAAAAAUAUGAAUGAGAUUCGUGAUAAUUUUUUGGUUGGUGGUAGAGGAGGAGGUCAAAGUGGUCAUAAUAUCCAAUAUCCACCACAUAUCAUUUCUAAUAACCCAGAACAUUUCAGAUUCACGUAUUUCCGCCCAGAUUUGGAACAAACGGUCCAUUCACCUACAAUUUCUGGAUUAUUACAAAGCGAUCAAAAAUUCGAAGAUUUAUUUGUGGCUCAACAAUAUACUUUAGUGGAUAGUAUUACGAAUGCAGUGAAUAAUAAUCUCAACCCAGUAUCAUCACGUAAUACUGUGACCUCUCCUAAUGCAUCUAAUGCAAUGGGUAAUCGUACCCGUCGGAGUUUACUCCCAUCUCAAUCUCAAAAUAAUCUUUAUCAUUUAAAUACCAACAAUAAUAAUAAUAUAAGUGGCCAUACUACUACUACUACUACUACUAAUAAUAAUAAUAAUAAUAAUAAUGCAUCCCGUAUAUCUAACACUACUACAACUACCAAUAUCAAUGAUAUUAUUGUAAAUGAUUCAAAUAUAAAUCAUGGUAGUAUUGAUGAGAUAGAAAUUGAACCAUUUUGGUUGGAUGUAUUGAAUCCUACCGAAGAAGAGAUGAAAGUUAUAAGUAAAGCGUUUGGGAUCCAUCCUUUAACCACAGAAGAUAUUUUCUUGGGGGAAGCUCAUGAAAAAGUUGAAGUUUUUAAAGAUUAUUAUUUUGUUUGUUUCAGAUCAUUUGAUAUUGUUGCUGAGAGAAGAAUUAGACACAAGAAAAAUCACAAACAUAUGGAUGAGUCUAAUGAUGGAACCAGUGUUCGUAGCACUAACGGAGGUGGUAACAAAAAGAGUUGGAGAUCAUUAUUUGGGUUUAGAAGAAGAAGAUCUUCCACCACUUACAAGACUAGCAAGAGUAACCGUAGUAGCAAUGGUAGUGCUCAUGGCACAAGUAAUAGUAGUUUUGAUGAUGAUGAAGAGGCACGUACCAGAUAUAAACGUAAGAGUGGAGUAAGACACAAGCCAAGACAAGGUGAAUUAGAACCAUUGAAUGUUUACAUCAUUGUAUUUAAAACAGGGAUCCUGACGUUCCAUUUCGCCACCACACCACAUCCAAUCAAUGUAAGACGUAGAACAAGAUUAUUAAAGGAUUAUUUGACUGUGACUGCUGAUUGGGUAUCCUAUGCCAUUAUUGAUGAUAUUACAGAUUCGUUUGCCCCCAUGAUUGAAGCGAUUGAAGAUGAAGUUUAUGAUAUUGAAGAAGCCAUUUUGAAGAUGCAUCAUGGGUAUGAUAGUGAGGACAGUGAUGAUAGUGACGAUGAUGAUGAUGAUGAUGGGAGUGAUGAAAGUGGUGAAAGUGGUAGUGAUGAUAAUGUUUCUGACACGGGUCCUGAUAAUCGGAUGUUACGAGAACGUAGUAUUCAAAGCCGUCGUCGUAGUCUUUGGGGUAAAAAGAGCAAGACCAGUGGAAGACAAAGGCGGGACAAUGGUAGUGACGGUUACGACGACAAUAGUAUGGAUGAUAGUUUCACCCAAUCGAGUUCCAUCAGCAGAAGCCGUAGUACCAAUAGCCAUCGUAGUAGUGUGAAUGUAGGCCACAUGAUGGGGUGGAAGAAAAAAGGUGAUAUGCUACGUCGUAUUGGUGAAUGUCGUAAAAGAGUAAUGAGUGUGAUGAGAUUGCUAUCACCCAAGGCCGAUGUGAUUAAAGGAUUGGGCAAGAGACAAGGAAGUGAACAAAUCGAUAUGUAUUUAAGUGAUAUUCAAGAUCAUAUAAUCACGAUGGUCUCAUCAUUAUCGCAUUAUGAAAAAUUAUUGUCCCGUAGUCAUUCGAAUUAUUUGGCUCAAUUAAAUAUCGAUAUGACAAGAGUCAAUAACGACAUGAAUGACGUGUUGGGUAAGAUUACUAUCCUAGGUACUGUGGUAUUACCGAUGAAUGUGAUUACAGGUCUUUGGGGUAUGAAUGUUAUUGUUCCGGGCCAACCGGGAUACGAAGAAGGAUCGAUCUAUUGGUUUUUGGGCAUUGUCGUGUCGUUGUUGUUAUUGGCAUGGUGGGCAGUUCUCUACACUCGGCGUCGGUUUGGUUCCUUCUGA